AUGGUUAGCGGAUGGAGCUCAGUCGCGGGCACCAGAUCUAUGGAGAUCAAGACGGCAGCGGCGGAGCCAUUCCGGAAGCGGAUCAGGUGCAGGAUCGGGGAUACGUCCUCCGAGGGCGGCGGGGCAAAGGCUUCGUGCGUCGCUCCCCGGAAACGGGCGGAUCCCAUCCGCACUCGCGGAGCGAAGGUGAAGGGUCGGGCCCUCAAAGAAGCGAGGGACAGCGGGAAGCUCGCCGAGGAGGGCGGCACCCGAUCGCCGCACGACCUCAAAAGCCGAGAAAAAAGGGCCAAAUUUGAGGAGGUCGUGAUGGCGGCGAUUGCGAGUGUCCGCCAAAAGAAAUUGCGGUCCUCGAAAGAGAAGGCUGCGCAAGAGGCCGCGGCCUCCAUUAUGGCGGCAGCAGCGGCCACCUUCUUGGAGUCGGAACCCGAGUCGGGUAACGAGGGGAUGAGGGCCGAUAUCGCCCGGCUAUCGACGGAGGUUGAGCGUCUCUCUAGGGAGAACGCGGAACUCAAGUCCAGCCGGGCCUCAGCCCUCGUUCAGUCCUCUCGUCCUGUAGAGACGCCUCCAGAGGUGAGUGCGGUGCAGCCGGCGGACAGAUCGGUGCCCUCUGCCCGGUUCGCGGUUCUGGAGGGCAUUGUCCUCCGGCCACCUCUGGCGGGCUCCAAGAAGGCUGCGUCCUACGCGGCCGCCGCGGCUCCGCAACCCACGCCGGGGACGUCCGGCCCGACGAGCCAAAGCUCAGGGCCAUCCACGAGGCCAACGAAGCCGUCGUCGUCGUCUCCGCCGCCUCCGCCUCCGGCCUCCCAGAGGACGCUCGCAGCAGAUAAGCCCAAAAAGGCGAAGGCUGCGCGGAGAGCGGCGAAGCCGGCGGAGCUGGCAGAGACGGCUCCCCCACCUACUCUCUUGCCUGCUGAUGAUGCCGGCUGGACAGUGGUGGGGGCCAAAGAGAGGACCCGACGCACGGAGCGGCGGAAGGCGCAGCGGCAGCGCGCCAAGGAGAGGAGCGUCGCCAAUAUGCUUCGCGCCCCGAAGUCCGCAGCUGUAGUCGUCACACUACAGCCGGAAGCGGUAAAGAAGGGCGUGACGUACGCGGACCUCCUUUCCAAGGCAAAGGGGUUAAUCAACCCCGCGGAGCUUGGGAUUGCUGGGGGGUUGCGGUUAAGAGUAACCGCAACCGGAGCCCGGAAACUCGAGCUCCCGGGAGCCAGCAGUGGCCCGGUCGCGGACGCCCUAGCUGCAAAGCUACGGGCGGCGUUUGAUGCGGCCGAGGCUAGAGUGUCCAGACCCGUAAAGAGCGUAAGCUUGCGCAUAUCGGGUCUGGAUGACUCCGUCACGGUGGAGGAAGUGGUGGCCGCCAUUGUCAGGACCACGGGAUGCUCAGCUGAAGAGCUGAAGCCGGGAGCCCUACGUCCCGACUAUGCGGGUAUGCUGGCCAUCACGGUCAGCUGCCCCGUGACGGCGGCCAAAGUGGUGGCUGAGGGCCGGAGGCUUUGGUGCACCUCGGAGGUCGACCGCAGCGCGUUGUGCUUCCGCUGCGGUCAGCCCGGUCAUAAAAUCGGCUCGUGCACCGCCGACAAGCCGCACUGCUUAGCCUGUGCGGCGGUUGGCAAGCUCCAACCGAACACCGGGCGGGGAGUAGAGCCUGCGCCGCUCCCGCCAAUACCGGGGCAAACGCCGGCCCACGGCCUCCACUGCCGCUUCCGCCGCGGCUCCCGCUAG